AUGUUGGAGAAUUUCUUGAAGCAGGCCUUGGCCAAUAAGGAGGCAAAGAAGAAGAUGAGUAGUAGUAAUGCGAAGGCCUUGAAUUCAAUGAAGCAAAAGUUGAAGAAGAACAAGAAGCAGUAUGAAGAUUUGACUAACAAUAGCAAUUUAAUUAGUUUGUCCAAAGCAGAAAAAAGCAAUCUGACCGAAAAGAAUUGUACUGUCUUACUGUUAUACCAGAAUUUGAAGUAUAUGUUUCUCUUACUUCCUAUGGGGGUAUCGAGGUGCGUGAUUGAAACUGGGAUUGGUUUCAUGAUGGCUCCGAUAUAUCACCCGGCAAUGAAAAUCGUUAGACCUAUCAGGAAAAAGCUGAAAGUAAAGACUGUAUUCAAUAUCUUGGGCCCAAUGUUAAAUCCUGCAGGAGUUCCUUUCGCCGUAGUUGGGGUAUACGAAGAAAAUCUAGUUCAUAAGAUGGCAAAAGCACUUCAACGGUUUGGUAUGAAGCGAGCAUUAAUUGUUCACUCUGAGGGCCUCGAUGAGAUCAGUCCCCUUGGUCCUGGACUAGUCCUUGAUGUUACCCCAGAUAAGAUAGAAAAGUUCUCAUUUGAUCCAUUGGAUUUCGGGAUCCCUCGCUGCACUAUAGACGAUCUGAGAGGCGGAGAUCCAGAAUUCAACGCAAACGUAUUAAAGCGUGUGCUAUCAGGAGAAAAGGGGUCCAUAGCUGAUGCGUUGGUGCUAAAUGCAGCAGCAGCUCUCUUGGUCAGUGGACGUGUAACCAAUCUAACCGAAGGGGUGGAACUGGCUCGUGAAACGCAUAUAUCCGGGAAAGCUACCGAGACCCUUGAGCUAUGGAAAAAUUUCUCCAAUAAAGUGAAAGAAGAUGCAUCAAGGGGUGCCCUUGUAAAGACUUGA